AUGGAUAAACCAGCGCACUGGCGCGAGGUCAACCAGAAAGUAGUGGUGGCAGUAUCCAUGGCGACAUGGGGCACGUGCCUCUGUACGAUCUUCCCAUGCCUGGCCAUGGGUUACAGCCUCAGGGCCCCGAUGAUGAUGAUGAUGAUGGACUAUGGACUAUGGAUGUGGGAAGGCCUAGAACUGCCAACGCGAGAAGAACUCCUGGCGGAGGAAGGUGACACACACCGACGUAGCUGGCAACCGGGGAAUGAUGGCAGUCGGCCUCUCACACGGUUUCAGCGUGUGGCUUAUCCAGAAUUGCCGAACAACACUGCCAUUCGUGCACUGGUAGUGACAGCUUGCCUUCACGCACUUGACGUCAAGGACAGCAGCCCAUCUGCCACGGAGACGGUAGUGAGGGAGAUGCUCAGCAAGAAGCACGCUGACUUCACUGGGCCGUAUGCCAGCAGGGAACAGAGGGCAGCAGCACCAUUUCUUCCAACGUCCUUCAAGCAAGCACUUACCCAGCUUCAAGAUGUGGGUGGUUGUCGAUGGCCAAGGCUCAUUCGGUACGACAUGUGCCCCUGUGGGUUCAUUUACCGUGGGCCCGAGUAUUGGGGGGCUGAUCAUUGCGGGGGCAUGGUACCUGGCCCGCGGGCAGGCGAGUGGAUUGCCUGUCCAAAGAUGCGCUCGGAGGCAAGAUAUCUGACCUAUAACCCAAUUGGCGGGUUCUGCGGGCGUGUCUUCAGCAACAAGCAGCUCGCGGAGGAGUUCUCCAGCUGGCAGAGCCCAGAUCGGAUGAGGCGCAAUGGGCAGCUGAGGGACAUUUGUGAUGCAGCUGUAGUCCAGGAACUGCUGGCCUCGGACCCCCGUUUCCGUGAUCCCCGCUGCCUCGUCACAAUGAUUGCCUCCGACGCGUUUGUGGUGCCUGCAGACGAGCAAGAACGCUCAAGCACGGCGUGGCUUCUACUCGUUGUCAACGCGCCUCCGGAAAAGCGGUACCUGCUGGGAUAUUGCACAAUCUUGUGUGUAACGGCGGGAAACGUCAAGCCGACGGGCCAGAAGCAAGCGGAGUAUUUCGACCCCAAUCAUACCCUUCUACUCAUCACGGAUGACUUACUGACACUGAUUACCGAAGGUGUGGUGGUAACGGACGCAAGAACUGGUGAGGAGUUCCCACUGUAUGUUGCUAACGUGGGUCUUGUGAUGGACUAUAAGGGCUUCCAGAAGCAUCUCGGCCUCAAGGGCACCCCCUCACCGUCUGGCUGCUUCAAGUGCUGUGCUGUCGGGCACAGGGUGGGCACCAAGACGGUUUGGUGUAACCAUCAUCGCUGGCUCUCGCCAGGUCAUCCCUGGCGUACUGAUGUUGCUGAUCUGCACAGGUUAGCAACGGCUUGUGGCACUGACGAAGGACCACCUCCAUUUCGAACACGGCAGGAGCUCACGGCAGGUGUUCAGGAGCCACCAGCUGUCAAGGCUGCACUUGCUGCGAAUGCUGGGGUGCACCAUGGUGAUGGCGGGGGGCCCAGCCAUGGCACUGAUGAUUUUGCAGGGGAUGUCAGUGAGGAGGAGGUGGAAGCGGAUGAAGAGCCAGCCAGUGGGCGUGGCCGCCAGCAUGCACGCGAGCUUGAGGAAGAGCUACCUGGUGGACGACGCAGCCGUGGCAGGGGCCGCACUGGGCGAGACAGGGGCCGGGGGUCCCGUGGGGCCGUUACUGCAAACACCCGUGGUGCAGGCGUUGCACGGCGGGGAAGGCGGGGGAGGAGCCCAGUGAAUGCCGUCAGGGGUAAUGCAGUGGGCCAGCCAGGAGUCAUUGCAGGGGAUGUCAGUGAGGAGGAGGUGGAAGCGGAUGAAGAGCCAGCCAGUGGGCGUGGCCGCCAGCAUGCACGCGAGCUUGAGGAAGAGCUACCUGGUGGACGACGCAGCCGUGGCAGGGGCCGCACUGGGCGAGACGGGGGCCGGGGGUCCCGUGGGGCCGUUACUGCAAACACCCGUGGUGCAGGCGUUGCACGGCGGGGAAGGCGGGGGAGGAGCCCAGUGAAUGCCGUCAGGGGUAAUGCAGUGGGCCAGCCAGGAGCUGCAAAGCUCCUUGUCCCUGGGCGUCCAGAGCUCCGGGGCAACACGCGCAUGACGCAUAAACCUAUCCAAAGAACUUCGAACGACUCUCAGACUCUCAUGUGGCGACAUCUAUAGAGGUAGCUACCUCCUGAACCCGGGAAAAUCCCUGCAGGUUAAGCUGACUAGUUUCCCCCUACACCAAGCACUAUCCCUUCUGAGCUCUCAAGGCCACACUACUGGGCUAAAAGACUCGACCGAACCAACCCCGUCCCGGCCCGCCGGCUGUCCAGUCGCCCCUCAGCGGCCGUUUGCCACAAGCCUGCAGCUGGCAGAGCCUGGCGCGGAGGUGUCUGCGAUUGACCGGCGAAGAAGGGAAAGGGAAACUUGUCAAUCCACGAUUGAUUUCUUUUCAGAACUAGCCAGAGACACAAUGGAUUUCAAGCUAAAUUGCGUUCCCCAAUCCACUUCGAACU